CUGCUCGGUCCCUGAAGAACAGACUUGAUUGUAGAGCUGGCAUCUACUUUCAGCUCUGUAGGACCUUUAGAACAUUUUAUAGGCCUUUGGAACAGUGAGGUUUUAUGUCUGAUCAGAGCAGUGAAUCCAGGUGCUUUUACAGAAGAAUUCACCGUAUUUAUUGUGUCUGAAGCAGGAAUUCAGAUCAUCAGAGACGGCUCGGGUUGAGCUAUCCUCUAUACAGUAGAUAGCAGUAUUCAGAUCAGUCAAGUGUUGUAUAGGUUUGUUAUCGUUCCUCCUGUGCGCAUAUAUCCAUUUGGAGAAAGACAAGUGUCAUUCGCAAGUGAAGUAAAGACAAUGUACAAUACCGUUUGGACUACGGAAAAAUACGAAGAUGAUUGGAGGGACGUGAUGAUGCCAUAUUCCACAGAAUUAAUAUUUUAUAUUGAAAUGGACCAACCACCUCCAGCUCUUCCUCCCAAGCCGGCCAAGCCCAUGACUCCAGUGAGCAGCAGCAACGGUGUGAAAGAAGGGGCUGAGGGAUCGCUACAGGAAGCAGAGUGGUACUGGGGAGACAUAUCAAGGGAAGAGGUGAAUGAUAAGCUGAGAGACAUGCCUGAUGGGACAUUCCUAGUUCGGGACGCCUCCACCAAAAUGCAGGGUGACUACACACUAACACUGAGGAAAGGGGGCAACAACAAGUUAAUCAAGAUCUACCACCGGGAUGGGAAGUACGGUUUCUCCGACCCCCUGACGUUUGGUUCUGUUGUGGAGCUGAUCAAUCACUAUAGACAUGAAUCCCUGGCCCAGUACAACACCAAGCUAGACGUCAAACUCAUGUUCCCCAUCUCACACUACCAGCAGGACCAGCUGGUGAAAGAGGACAACAUUGACGCGGUGGGGAAGAAACUCCAAGAAUAUCACAAUCAAUACCAAGAGAAGAGCAAGGAGUAUGACCGGCUUUAUGAGGACUACACAAAGACUUCACAGGAGAUUCAGAUGAAGAGGACGGCCAUCGAGGCCUUCAACGAGACCAUCAAGAUCUUUGAGGAGCAGUGUCACACACAGGAACGCUACAGCAAGGAUUACAUGGAGCGCUUCCGCCGGGAGGGCAACGACAAGGAGAUUGAGAGGAUCAUGAUGAACUAUGAGAAGCUAAAGUCUCGUCUGGGGGAGAUCCACGACAGUAAGAUUAGUCUGGAGCAGGAUCUGAAGACUCAGGCUCUGGACAACAGAGAGACGGACAAGAAGAUGAACAGCCUCAAACCUGACCUCAUCCAGCUCCGCAAGAUCCGGGACCAGUACCUGGUCUGGCUCAAUCACAAAGGAGUGCGUCAGAAACGAAUUAAUGAGUGGCUGGGGAUCAAGAACGAGAACACAGAUGAAGGGUACUUUGUCAGUACAGAGGAGGAUGACAACCUGCCACACUAUGAUGAAAAGACCUGGUUUGUAGGAGACCUGAACAGAACCCAGUCUGAAGACCUCCUACUGGGCAAACCUGACGGAGCUUUCCUCAUUAGAGAGAGUAGCAAGAAAGGCUGCUAUGCAUGCUCUGUAGUUGUGGAGGGUGAGGUGAAGCACUGUGUGAUUUUCAGCACACCGAAGGGCUACGGCUUCGCUGAACCUUACAACCUUUACAGCUCUCUGAAAGACCUAGUCCUGCACUACCACCAGACCUCCCUGGUCCAGCACAACGACUCCCUCAACGUCUGCCUGGCCUACCCGGUCUACACACAGAUGCCCUCCUCCUCCGGCCCUUCCCCACGGAGAUGAGCCCCCCCCCCGCCCAGAGCUCCAACAGACUACCCACCCUACCUACCCAGCCCCAGGAGGGAUGAGGGGACAGGGGGACGGGGUUGGGGGGUACAGGGGUCAGCCUCAUAAUCCAAACUAGAACCCAGAACCUGAGAAAAACACCUGAGAGGGGAAAAAAGCAACAUAAACACUUGCUGCAACACACGUCAGCCACCUUGGAGUUAUAUAUAUUUUUACUAGAACAAUUGGAGGGCAUUCUUUGUAAAGACUCUGCUUGAUUUGCACAAGGAAGUUUUAAAUGUUUGUGAAUGUGAAAAAACGUAAGGAAAAAGGAGAAGAGCCGAGUUUCAGGUGACCUAAACUCCAGCCGGGACUCUUUUACAGAAAAACAUGAUGAUGAAAACACUCCAUUCUGAGGCUUUGUUUCCCGUCGUCCGUCUGUUUGCCCAAAUGAUUCUUUUAUUUCAUUCCUUUUACUUUUUUUUGCAGAGUUUGUUAUCUUCAUUUUUUUUUCAUUUGGACAGUUAAUUUUGUUUACUAAUUUUAUUUGCUAAAUGCAAGAGAUGAUGAUGUCGAGUGUUCUCUGUCCCUCUCCAUAUGAGAAGCAAAAAUAAUGUAGCACAACAAAUGAAGGACAGUUGUUCAGAGUGUUUCUCCAUAUAGACUGCUGCUGAAGGGUUGGGGGGGGGGGGGACGAUAGGAGCAGACGCUGGAAGGGAGGGAAGAGUCGAAAGGGGCCACAUGCGGGAGUAAAAAAAGGGUUUGUCGUCUUAAAAGAAAAAAGCUUUUAUAUUAAGCAGAGAUGGAGAGUGAGUUUGUUUUCUUACUUGGCUGGAUCCUAUUUCCUUUGACACAUUGUAAGUUACGGUAACGUUACAAUCACGAUGUGACAGUCCGUACAGAGACCAAAGUUGGCAUGAGGAGAGACAAGUCCACCAUUGUGUUUUUCUUAGUCUGUAUGAACGGAGAAGAGAAAAUAGAGAGGUUGCUUUGUUUGAUACCACACAUACAUACAGCAGAGUUUUGGGCCAGUGUUCGUCCACUAUACUGAAAGGUUUGGAUUAAACCAAAUGGUACGCACAGACAGAGUUGGUCGAUGGGUUUGACCGUCUGGAUUCCGCUCACGUCGAGUUAGAAGCACUUAUCUAAGAGGAGAGCCCAGGCAAGGACACACCGUACGGUCUGACACCAGAAACAAACAACCUUAGAAGCACUUAUCUAAGAGGAGAGCCCAGGCAAGGACGCACCGUACGGUCUGACACCAGAAACUAACAACCUUAGAAGCUGAAAGAGGUUUUAUGUGUGGUUUUAAAACAAGAAGGUGUAUGUAUGCGCUAAAGUCUGUUUAAAACAAACAGGGACUUGUUGUUUUGGUUACAGAACAUUUGAGACAAUAAGCUUUGAUCUGAGAGCAGGUAGGGGGCGGAGGGGUUCCAAGCUGACGACACAUGCUUUACGUGAUGAUGAUGAUGACGAUUAAAACUUGAAGAACGUGCAAUCCAAAAUUGCGUUCUGAUUAUGUAGGUUAGCAGUCACCCGGAGAGCUGAACUAACCCAGCUCCCAGACAGACUCACAGGACAGAUCAUCAAAGUGCACAGCGAAGCUUUUGAAGAGCCAAUUAUUUCAACAACCUACAAAAAAAAUAUAGAGAUCUUUUUUUUUUAUGUGUUUCACUCAAACCUCAUACUCGGUGCUUGACUUUAUAACCAGUGGAAACAUUUCAAAAAAGAAAUAAAAGAAAACCAUUAUAACAUUGUACAAUAACAUUAACAAAAUGACAAACAAAACCACAAUCUGCAAUUUCCAGUAUAUUCAGUCACCUCUACUUCCUGAUGUGAAACUUUCUAUUCUGAUUGGCUGUUGUUGUUUGUCUACUGUUUUACGGUUGGCUCUCCUUGCUGCCUAUCCAAUGAGCCAUCUCUCAGACAGACAAUAGGCAUGUGUGGGGGGUCCUGUCUCUCCCAGACAGUUGUCCCCUCUCUGACUGUGUUAACCUCAGGCCCUAUUUGAAGGCCUUGUUGACAGGAGAGGGUAGUGCUGCAGCAGAGGGUUGAUUUUGUUCUCAGGGUCACUAAGACAGCUGUUGUAAAUGGGACAAGCUCAGCCCUUGUUUACAACUAUGAGGAGCAAACCCCCUCCAAAUUUCUGCCCCUUACAGUGCUCUAUUGGGGUAAAGACACCACCCAAAUCAAAUCAACCCGGCAGCAACACUGUGAGUGUUGUAAGGCCCACUACCAAAUUUGAUCAAACAGAUAGUUAAACAUAAAAAUGUUUAUUCAAAUAAUUAGUUCUUGUCACAUUUUGAAAACACACUCGUUACAAAGUCAGACUGCACCUGUCUAUCGUCUGCAAGGUCUCUGCUAAACUACCAGUGGAAACCAGCAUGGUGAAGGGGUCACACCAGUGAGAACCAGCAUGGUGAAGGGGUCACACCAGUGAGAACCAGCAUGGUGAAGGGGUCACACCAGUGAGAACCAGCAUGGUGAAGGGGUCACACCAGUGAGAACCAGCAUGGUGAAGGGGUCACACCAGUGAGAACCAGCAUGGUGAAGGGGUCACACCAGUGAGAACCAGUACACUCUUAAAAAGAAAGGUGCUAUCUAGAACCUAAAAGGGUUCUUCGGUUUUCCUCAUAAGAGAACACUUUGAAGGACCCUGUUUGGUUCCAGGUAAAACCCUUUUGGGUUCCAUGUAGAACCAUUUUGGUUCUUGGUAGAACCCUUUUGGGUUCCAUGUAGAACACUUUCCACAGAGUGUUUUACCCAAAAGGGUUCUAGCUGGAAGCAAAAGGGAUCUACCUUGAACCUAAAAUGGCUUUUCCUAUGAGGACAGCCGAAAAAAAAAAUGUUUUUCUAAGAGUGUAUGGUGAAGGGCUCAAACCAAUGUAAACCAGUAUAGUGAAAGGGUCAAACUAAAGUAAACUAGUAUAGUGAAGGGGUCAAACUAAUGGAAACCAGUAUAGUGAAGGUGUCAAACUAAUGGAAACUAGUAUAGUGAAGGUGUCAAACUAAUGUAAACUAGUAUAGUGAAGGUGUCAAACUAAUGUAAACUAGUAUAGUGAAGGUGUCAAACUAAUGUAAACUAGUAUAGUAAAGAGGUCAAACUAAUGUAAACUAGUAUAGUGAAGGGUCAAACUAAUGUAAACUAGUAUAGUGAAGGGGUCAAACUAAUGUAAACUAGUAUAGUGAAGGUGUCACACCAGUGGAAACCAGUACAGUGAAGGGGUCACACCAGUGGAAACCAGUACAGUGAAGGGGUCACACCAGUGGAAACCAGUACAGUGAAGGGGUCACACCAGUGGAAACCAGUACAGUGAAGGGGUCACACCAGUAGAAACCAGUACAGUGAAGGGGUCACACCAGUGGAAACCAGUACAGUGAAGGGGUCACACCAGUGGAAACCAGUACAGUGAAGGGGUCACACCAGUGGAAACCAGUACAGUGAAGGGGUCACACCAGUGGAAACCAGUACAGUGAAGGGGUCACACCAGUGGAAACCAGUACAGUGAAGGGGUCACACCAGUGGAAACCAGUACAGUGAAGGGGUCACACCAGUGGAAACCAGUACAGUGAAGGGGUCACACCAGUGGAAACCAGUACAGUGAAGGGGUCACACCAGUGGAAACCAGUACAGUGAAGGAGUCACACCAGUGGAAACCAGUACAGUGAAGGGGUCACACCAGUGGAAACCAGUACAGUGAAGGGGUCACACCAGUGGAAACCAGUACAGUGAAGGGGUCACACCAGUGGAAACCAGUACAGUGAAGGGGGCACACCAGUGGAAACCAGUACAGUGAAGGGGUCACACCAGUGGAAACCAGUACAGUGAAGGGGUCACACCAGUGGAAACCAGUACAGUGAAGGGGUCACACCAGUGGAAACCAAUACAGUGAAGGGGUCACACCAGUGGAAACCAGUACAGUGAAGGGGUCACACCAGUGGAAACCAGUACAGUGAAGGGGUCACACCAGUGGAAACCAGUACAGUGAAGGGGUCACACCAGUGGAAACCAGUACAGUGAAGGGGUCACACCAGUGGAAACCAGUACAGUGAAGGGGUCACACCAGUGGAAACCAGUACAGUGAAGGAGUCACACCAGUGGAAACCAGUACAGUGAAGGGGUCACACCAGUGGAAACCAGUACAGUGAAGGGGUCACACCAGUGGAAACCAGUACAGUGAAGGGGUCACACCAGUGGAAACCAGUACAGUGAAGGGGUCACACCAGUGGAAACCAGUACAGUGAAGGAGUCACAUCAGUGGAAACCAGUACAGUGAAGGGGUCACACCAGUGGAAACCAGUACAGUGAAGGGGUCACACCAGUGGAAACCAGUACAGUGAAGGGGUCACACCAGUGGAAACCAGUACAGUGAAGGGGUCACACCAGUGGAAACCAGUACAGUGAAGGUGUCACACCAGUGGAAACCAGUACAGUGAAGGGGUCACACCAGUGGAAACCAGUACAGUGAAGGGGUCACACCAGUGGAAACCAGUACAGUGAAGGGGUCACACCAGUGGAAACCAGUACAGUGAAGGGGUCACACCAGUGGAAACCAGUACAGUGAAGGGGUCACACCAGUGGAAACCAGUACAGUGAAGGGGUCACACCAGUGGAAACCAGUACAGUGAAGGGGUCACACCAGUGGAAACCAGUACAGUGAAGGGGUCACACCAGUGGAAACCAGUACAGUGAAGGGGUCACACCAGUGGAAACCAGUACAGUGAAGGGGUCACACCAGUGGAAACCAGUACAGUGAAGGGGUCACACCAGUGGAAACCAGUAUGGUUGAGAGCGUCAGCGUCAGAACGAGGAGGAGCGUUAAGGUCAUUGUUAUCUAGCUUUGUGGUGGUGGAGUGUAGAGAGCUGAAAGCCCUUGAUAGGGAACACAUGCAAGGGAGGAGGGGAGUGGCAUGACACCUCUAAAGACUAGAGUCACUCCUGAGGGGGGGGGGGUGAUAUGGUGUACUGGGGGAAGGAAGGGACUCAGAGUUUAUGUAAUGUACAACUGGAUCAGGCUGUUCUGGUAGAUGCACAUGUGUUUGUGCCUCCUCAUCCUUGUUUUUUGGCAAGGACCCUCAGGCAGGAUGCUAGGCUACCCUUUUGCUACAUAACAGUUUCAUAACAAAACCCACUUUAAUAUCUAGACUGGUAAAACCAUGUUUGACAACACCCAGCCAGUAGGCUAGACCUGGUGUCUUUAAUUAUAAUGGUGUCUAUCUGGUUCUAAUGGUGUCUAUUCAUUAUAAUGGUGUCUAUAUGGUUCUAAUGGUGUCAAUGAAUUAUAAUGGUAUCUAUCUGGUUCUAAUGGUGUCUAUUCAUUAUAAUGGUGUCUAUCUGUUUCUAAUGGUGUCUAUUCAUUAUAAUGGUAUCUAUAUGUUUCUUAUGGUGUCUAUUCAUUAUAAUGGUGUCUAUUAAUUAUAAUGGUGUCUAUCUCCUGCUCAGUGGCCCUGCUUUGCUAGGUUUGUCCAUGAGGCAUUCCGUAGUUGUAGAGCCCCUGCGAAUCUUCACUUCAGUCUCUUCUCCUAUCUUGUCCUCCACCAUGGUUUGAAGGUUGUUAUUUAGUUGACUUUUGGUUCUUACUGGGAGCCUUGUAGGCGUCUGCCUCUAUUACUUGAACUGUUGCAUCGCUCACUGUUGAAUGUCUUUAUAUUGAAAUAUAUAUAUAGAAAUAUAUUAAAGAAAAUAUCUCUUUUGUUGUUCUAUGGCGAGCAGGACUGGGUUGACUUUUAAAGAUAUAUAAUUACACAUGUUUAUGUCACAGAAAUCAUAUUAAGCUUCUUUGCAAGGAGGGAAGGAAGUGAGAGCUUGUCUGAUAUUGCACACAUCACUCUUUGCAUCUUAAACGGUGCCCUAUCCCCUAUAUAGUCCACUACUUCUGGUCAAAAGUAGUGUUCUAGGGAAUACUGUCUCAUCUUAAGCCGCCAUUUUCUGCAGUAAGUCAAAGCAUUUCUCAUCUAUGAUGCUAAAUAUGUACUUUUUUUCUUCCUCUUGAUUUCGUCGUUGCUCCUCUAGUUUUUCUCUGUAUACUUCCCCCUGGCAUUGAGACCAAAGAUUUCAGUUGACUUCAUAUUUAGCCUUUAGUUGUUGAUAGUUUCGAAAGGGAUGUUUGUUUCCAUGUUUUAUAUUAUUUCCAUUGUCUUGCUUGCAAAAGAACACAGAAGUUAAUGUGGUACAGUAGCUAGCUAGCAUUUAGGUUGUCAGAGUGAGUGAGUGUCCCGUAUAGUUAGCUAGCAUCCCCUCUUAGUGAUAAUGCUAAUUAUCAGUAACAGUAAUUAUCAUGAAGUAUGACAAUAAUGAAUUAUUGGGGAUAGAUGUUCCUGUGUGAUAUUUGAGGUAUAGGAUCUAUACUAAAGGACAUUGAAUUGGCUGUCCUCACUAAGCAGUGUGGUUGAGGAUAGUUUGCCUCGCAGUCUUUUGUCUAUUUAAAUUAGACCUAUUGUUUUCUCCACUUUGAAGGCAAGGAGAGAUACAGGCAGAUUCAUUCUUAACCCAGGGUUGUAUUUUCCUGGUUAACCAGGUUUCUCUCCACACUCAUGAUGUGAGUGGGUUCAUUGGUCCAUUUUACUAUGCGUGUCAUUGGUGUGAUUCCUCUUUUAGUUUUGUUAAGGUUGUAAAGACCUCUUACUUCACCAAAAACACUCCCUGUGUCUGUCUCUUGUUUUCUCACAACACAGUCAUAUAUUUGCACACGUUGAUCCAGUCGGAGAGAUGGUUGCUCUCUCUCCCUCUCAGCUUGGAAAGGUGUAUAUGAAACAAGUACAAUGAGUUUCCCCCUGUCCAGUGGUUUGUCUUAAGAGAACAAGUGAUUGUCAGUCUCUGCAGGACAGAAAGCAACUGUCCUUUCUUUUGCUCUUUCACUCCAGAACUCAUGCAAUAUUCCUUUCCUUUUCUAUCAAGGGUUAGGGGUCAGGGGUCAGGGCCAGAGAUGUGUUUAUGAGAGAACGCCACCGGUGUGUUUCUGUGGAACCAUGGUCAGUGGUUGUUGUUUUUUUUGGGGCGGGGGGGUGCACAUACUAUGAGACUUUGAGAGGGAAAUACAUUUCUAAGGGUUUGGAAGGGGGGCCGAACCAACAUAUAGAUGUUACCCAAGUUUACUUUUUGACUGUUUUAACUUAACAGUUUUCUGUGUGAAAACCAAACACUAAGUUGGAGUACAGGUACAGGGCCAUGCAGGCUUAGGUUUCCUAGAGUACCCCAGGACUGUUAUGUAGCUAUAAUGUCUGUUGUUCUUCUUGUUGACCUCAAGCAGUUCUGCAAAGUUUUAUUUGCAGCCAGUGAGAUUUGAACAUGUUGAUAUUCUCACUCGGAGUCUUCUGUGUUCUUACCACUGCUAUCUGAUCACAAUACCCAGCACAGCUUCAAGGAGUACAGCUUAUACAAAAAAAUCAUCAUUUCAAAAGAAAAUAGAAGAAAAAAAAAACAGUUUUGAAGAAAAUACAAGUGUAUAUGACUGUGUCCCUAUUCCUUCUUUUGACGUACAGAUCCAGCAUGCAUCUUGGGUACUAUUGACUGUUGUUUUUGUGUAUAAAAGAAAAAUUGAAGAAAAAAAAUCAGUUAAAAAAACCAACAACUGUUAUUUGUCUGUUUAUGGUGUAUUCAGAUCUGAAUUGAAUCUAGCUAACUAAACAAGUCACUGCUUCCAGCUGAACCAAGUUAGUCCUAUUAUUGUCAGGUGUAUAACAUUAGAACUAAUGUAAUACUGAGAAAGAGGAACUGCACAGCAAUACAAAUGUGUGUUUAUUAUUGUGUGCUUGGCAACUGUCUCUCCAUAUUACAAUAUCUGUCAAUGUUUGAAUAUGCUUUGAAUGUUCGACCUGUAAACCGCUUAUUGCGUGGCUUACAGUACACAAUUUACUCACGUAAUCCAACAAGUUAUUCUUACUAUUUCACAGACUGUUGGCAGCAUUUUGUAACUCCACCAGUUUUUGUUAUGCAGGCCAAUGCUUAGACACAAUAUCAGCAAUAAGAUAUUUCACUCUUUUAUUAAGAUAAUUACUGAUAAUAAUGACUGCUAUAUAAUUGUGUGUUUCUGGACCGACAUUGGUGUUGUUGCAUGUGGAUGGUCAUAGUCUUGUCUUCCUCUCCUACUUUGAGCAGUUUUAUACUCUACAGACCAUUCAAACAGAGACCUCUUUCUCAGGAUUACACGUCAUCAUACAAACCUUGCUUCUGGCUUCUAUGGGUAUUUCUGUCUUCAUUUACGUUGGUUUUAAUUCCAUCACAGUACAUUACUUUACUUUGCAAUAGUUUGUAUAGGUUGUAAAAUCUCCAUUUGUUAUGAGCUCAACUCAUGUACGUUAUCAAUGGAACUCCACCAUAUUGAUUUCUCUGGCAGAAUAAAGAUACUAUUUUGUUGAAA